UACUUGUCUUUAUCAAAGUGCCGAAAACAUGAAGACGGUGACGUUUAUUUUAUUAAGUGUGUUAAUAGGUUUAGCGAUUGCUGAAGAACCCGAGGCGCCGUUAGCUGAAGAAUGUAACAAGGAACUUUGCAAACUGCCGAAAUGCCGGUGCUCGUCCACCGAUAUUCCCGGAGAUCUUGCACCAAGAGAUACUCCACAGUUCGUUAUGCUAACAUUCGACGAUGGUGUCAACAUUCGCAACAUUGAGACCUACCGUGAAAUCAUCUACCGACGCACAAACAAGAACAACUGUCCCGCGAGUGUCACCUUCUUCGUUAACCAUGAGUACACUGACUAUCAACGUGUCAAUGAGCUUUACAACCAAGGUUUUGAGAUCGCACUGCAUUCCAUCACUCAUCAAACUCCUCAAUCGUACUGGUCUGAAGCAACCUACGAGGACAUGAUGAAGGAAUUCGGAGACCAGAAACGUCAGAUGUCACAUUUCGCCAACAUUCCCUCAGAUGCCAUACAAGGAAUUAGAAUUCCCUUCCUUCAAAUGACUGGAAAUGCCAGUUUCCAAGUCAUGGCAGCGACUGGUCUUCGAUACGACUCCACAUGGCCAACCACCGGCUUCACCGACCCUGGCUUGUGGCCAUACACAUUGGACUAUGCUUCAACACAAGACUGCAUUAUUCCUCCUUGCCCUACUGCGUCAGUGCCCGGUGUUUGGGUACUCCCCAUGAUAAGCUGGACAGAUCUCAAUGGAUUCCCUUGUUCCAUGGUUGAUGCUUGUGUGUUUGUGCCUCCUCAUCAUGAUGAAGAAGCGUGGUUCAAGUUCAUCCUGACUAACUUCGAAAGGCAUUACCUCGGCAACCGUGCUCCUUUCGGCUUCUACGUCCACGAAUGGUACAUCGCCGCCUAUCCCGGUGUCAAGAGGGCCUUGGUCCGAUUCUUGGAUCUAGUCAACAGUCUUAAUGAUGCCUUCAUGGUAAGUGCAGGCGAAGUGAUUGACUGGGUUGAGAACCCCGUGCCAGUGAACGAAUAUGUGAAGAAGGAAUGCAAGAGGUUCGUGCCAACGAGCUGCCGUGCCACCAGUUGCGGACCUCUCUCAUCCACACAUACUGAGAUGACUUACUGGAUGCAGAUUUGUAACUCGUGCCCAAGAGUUUACCCCUGGUUGGGCAAUCCUCUUGGAGAAUAAUUUAUUACUACUUAAAUUUUA